AUGUCUUGGGACUCAUUGAAUAAUAUCUCGUCCACGGAAGACAUGUCGAAUUCCCCCAAUCUUUGGAACACGCGCCCUUCGCAGACAAGCCUAUCGAACAGAAAUCCCAUAAAUGAGGAGGCACCAGAAGAUGUGGCCAGCCUUAUUUCGUCCUUGGGUGCUGCCAACUCGAACGUUUUUGGGCAGGCACACUCGGUUUUGGGUUCAUUCAGCCCGAACACUCGUCAGGCGGCAGGUUCGGUGCAAAAUGCACAUAAUGCAAACGUUGGUACCCUUGACGAAGCCGUGAUAAGUGACUCCGGAUCGGAUCUCUUCAACGGCAACAAUUUGAAGGAUGCAUUAAGUGUUAUUAGUGCUCCCGUUGCGAUUGAUUCCACCAAGCAUAUAGGCUCAAUGACUCAAGGAGCAGGUGCAGGGUAUGACCACCACCGUUUCGCAACCAGCAUCUUUGGAGGUGCUGCCUCUGUUGCGGGAGUUGGUGUUUCGAACUUUAACGGUUCGGCCUUGGGAGGUUCGAACUUCAUGGAGAAGUUUUCGUCGAUUGCUGAGAAGACCAGGGAGCUCGAGAGGAGCUUUGGAAAGCUCUCGAUGACGUCACCCGCUGGACAGCAGGCUGGACGGGUUUCACAGGCUGCAGCACACCAGCAAAACCAGCAGAAGCAGCAGCGAAGUCACGUUUCCAGCACUGUUGGGUCUGCAAGAGCAUCGUUUUCAAGCUCUUUUCGUGAGCCCAAGCAGCCUUCCUUCUCGGAAAAGUUGGACACGUAUAUGCAGCAGUCUAAUGCAACCUCUCCAAUGCAGUCCAGGCACAUGUCCUUCAGUUCCGAGGCAAAUUUGAACUCCGAACAGGCGUCUUCGGUUAUCGAGGAUGUAGAAUCCCAGCACCGCCAGCACAAUGCCAGCGGAAUCUGGAAUCCGGCGGCUGCGGUGGCAUUUUACCCCGGCCAAGGUCAGCAGAAAAGCGGAGUUCCUCAGUUUGACGGAAUGGUGAUGCCUUCGCCUGCUUUUAUGGUUCCACCUCCGGGUGUCAAUUAUAUGCAGAUGCCUGUGUCGCCCUUCUCUGCACCAAUGCCGUUGUUCGGGGAUCCACGGUCCGGAUUCGCCGGUAAGUCGGACCAGGCUGAUGAUAAGGGCACCACUAUGAAAAAUAAGGCGUCCUCAUCCAGCGACCAGCAGCACUCGAAAGGCUCGUUCAACAGCAAUGGGAAAAACGACAGUAACGGUGGCACAAACAGCACAAGUGAGUCUGAUACGCUGGAAAACGAGGCCCAGGACAAGGAUUUGUCACCAAGGUCUGGUUUUUUCCCUCCAGGAAUGGCCAGACCCAUCUCUCCAUACAUGGUUUCUCCUUUUAGUCCAUACAGGCCACAGGAGGGUGCUUUUGCCAACCUGGCAGGCUCACCCCCAGGUUCGAACCCAGCACCGGGCAUGCAGUUUUCCCCAAUCGGCACCCCAACAAUGCUCCCCUCCGAAAUAAUCAAGGGCACUUCACCAAUUGGGUCUGGUGCCAGGGAUGGGAUGAUGAGGCCAUCAUCCCCCGGUGCAAGAAUGUCUCCAGGGAACUAUGCUCACGGUGGCAGGCGUUCGGGAAGAGCUGGAAAGACGAAAAAGCGUAUUUUCAGGUCUCCGUUGUUGGAAGAGUUCCGCAGCAACAAAAACGGCAAGGAGUACAAGCUAAAGGAUAUUCUUGGUCAUGCCUACGAGUUCUCUAAGGAUCAGCAUGGGUCCAGAUUCAUCCAGCAGCAGUUGGCGGAUGCAAGCGCCGAGGAUAAGGAGAUGAUCUUCAACGAGAUCAGAAACUACUCGAUCGACCUCAUGACGGAUGUUUUCGGAAACUACGUCAUCCAGAAGUACUUCGAGUAUGGGAACGAGACCCAGAUUAAAAUCCUCUUCGAGUCCAUGAAGGGAAACUUCAAUUUCCUCUCCAUGCAGAUGUACGGCUGUAGAGUGGUUCAGAAAUGUAUGGACUCCGUCUCAUUGGACGACAGACUUCAGGUGGUCGAUGAGCUAAAGCCCAACAUCCUAAACCUGGUGAAGGAUCAAAACGGUAACCACGUGAUACAGAAGGUCAUUGAGAGUAUUCCAACAAGCCGCACACCUUUCAUAUUGGAGUCGUUGAAGCACCAGAUUUAUCAUCUUUCGACCCAUCCUUAUGGCUGCAGAGUCAUCCAACGUUUGUUGGAGUACUCUGAUGAGGAGGAUAGGGCGUACAUUUUGGGAGAGUUGAAAGGAUUUAUUUACUAUCUGGUCCAGGACCAGUUUGGUAACUACGUUAUUCAGCAUAUUAUUGAGCAUGGUAGUGCGCAGUACACGGAGCAAAUCCUGCAGAUUGUCAUUGACAACUUGGUGAAUCUCAGUAAGCAUAAAUUUGCAUCCAAUGCCGUUGAGAAAUGCAUUGUUCACCAGAGUGCCGAAAACAGGAGGCGUGUAUACGAUGCGCUACUAGCAAGGAAUGAAAAUAAGGAUAGUCCACUAGACGAGAAUUCCUCUUUGAGUAUUAUGAUGAAAGAUCCAUUUGCAAACUAUGUGGUCCAAAAGAUGGUAGAACUUGUCGAUGGUCCAGAGAGAGCUCUGCUUGUCUACAAGAUUCGCCAAUACUUGGAUCUCAUCACGAAGACAAACUCCUCCAGUAAGCAUCUUGCAAGUAUUGACAAGCUGAUUGCCUUAACUGAGAAGUUUGGGGAUUGA